AGGUCUGCUUCCGACACAGGACGAGAUUACGUCUCUUCUCUCCUUCACUUUCCUCGUGCUCAUCGUAGCGACCUGUUCUGCGAGCACUUUCGGGCAGCCGUUGAGAGGAGGAGGCAGCACAAGCAUGGCGGCUCCUAUCGUCGUGUCCCCUACCAGCAGGCAUACCGCCACUGUGAUCUGGCUUCAUGGCCUGGGCGACAACGGGUCGGGAUGGUCGGACGUGGCGCGUCAGCUGAACCUUCCCUGGAUCAAGUUUCUCCUCCCUAACGCCCCGUCCCGUCCCGUCACCAUCAACAUGGGCGCCUCCAUGCCGGCAUGGGCGGACAUCAAGGGACUGAGCCCUGACGCGCCGGAGGACGAGGAGGGGACGAUGAAGACUCGGCAGUACAUCCACGACCUAAUCGCUGAGGAGGUCAAGAACGGCAUCCCCGCCGAUCGCAUCAUGGUCGGCGGGUUCAGCCAGGGAGCCGCCAUGGCGUGUUUUGCCGCCCUCACGCACGAGGUUCGGCUCGGGGGCUGCUUCGUACUCAGCGGAUACUUGGCGAUGAGGAACAAGGUCCCUAGGCUCGUCACCAAAGAAGGAGUUUCAACUCCUUUCUUUCAGGCUCACGGUGUUCAAGAUCCGGUGGUUCCGUUCAUGUUUGGCCAGCUCUCAUCGAAUGUGAUACAAUCUCUUGGUGUCAACAUGAAGUUCAAGCAGUACAACAUGGACCAUUCGUCAUGUGAUCAAGAACUCAAAGACCUCAGAGACUUCAUCGCCGCCUCUGUUCCG